AUGAAGGCCAGGCUACGAGCGCCCCAGGGGGUGUCCACCCUCGAGCUGGACGCGGAGAGCACCGUGCACGACCUCCAGGCUCUCAUAUUCGCCGCCACCCAGAUCCCACCAGCCGAGCAGGACAUAAAGUACAGCUAUCCCCCGAAACCCCUCCCGGUUGAUACAGGCCUGCUCUCGUCCAUACCCAUCACGAACGGCGAGCAGUUCAUCGUGUCCGCAGUACCUACGGCUACCCAGACUGCCCCGAUGAAAUCUGAGCCAGCCCCGCCAACGAUACCUGCCCCCUCCACAUCUGCCAAAGCCCCUGCCCCCAAGGUAGAAGGCGCAGACAGCGUAGCCUUGCCCGGCAGAGACGCGGGCUAUCUCCAACUCAGGGUCGUCCCCGAUGACAACUCGUGUCUCUUCUCCGCCAUUGCGGUAGUGUUUGAAGGCGGUAUCGAUGCAGCCCAAAGCCUGCGGACCGUCGUAGCAGAGGCUAUCAGGGCGGACCCGGAAACCUAUUCCCAAGUCAUCCUGGGCAUGCCUCGAGACGAGUACAUCAGGCGCAUUCUAAAGCCCGAGACUUGGGGAGGAGCAAUCGAGCUCUCAAUCUUUGCAAAACAGCAAGUAGCGAGCACGGCCAGUAGCGUUAUACUGACACCAAGUCUAGCUACAAAACCGAAAUUGCUUCAUUUGAUGUCGCUACCGGUAGAUGCGACAGGUUUGGCCAGGACCAAUACGACUCUCGAUUAUGACGCCAUUACCCUCUCCCCACUCCCCGUAUCGCCCCCAGACUUUCACACCUCGGUCUUUCCCUCUGUCGACCAGACCAUCCUCUUGAUUGCCGACAAUCUCGUAGCCCAACUCCGUGCCCGACACUAUUACACCGACACGUCCAACUUUGAUCUGAGAUGUCGCGUUUGUAAGCAGGGCUUGAAGGGCGAGAAGGGUGCGACCGAGCAUGCUAAAAAGACUGGGCACGUUGAAUUUGGAGAGUACUGA